AAAGUGAAAAACAACACUAAUUAAUUACCGAACUUUCUCGUGCGAUGAACGUGAACGAUCGGGACAUUAAUCGUGCUAGAUAAACUCGUCCCAAAAAAGCUGGUGAGGUAGCACUGCGGAGAGUACGAAGCAACAAUUACGAAUCAUACCUAAAUCCGUUGAUUGGCUACAAUCCCCGGGAAUGUUUGUUCUCCUGGUGCGGAAGGUUGUUGUUUGUGGCAUCGUCGUCACGCUACAGCAAAACGCCCAUGCCCCAAACAACAAAACAGAUACACCAGGCUAAUAAUAGCGUUAAGCCUAAAGCUUCCACCCAAUCGUGUAUAUACACCCUGGUUGUGGUAGUAGUUUGAGUUUAGAGGUAAGACUGCAUGUACACCAGUAGUAUUGGAUUGGACUGCGGUAUUCGAUACUGGGUGGGCCAGGAUACGAUGCCGGUACGCGGUGCCCAAACAUAGGAGGGCAAGGAUACGGGAAGUAAAACGCCCGGUCGCCCGGCAUUGUGUUCGUCCUUCGGAUAGUCUAUGACAGUCAUCGUCAUUCAAUGGCAUAAUGGAGCGUACCAGUAAACCAUCGACGGUACCGGAUCGUGCACAUUCGACCAGUGACCGCACGGGCAGUCUCGGUGCAUCGUACGAACAGGCACGACGGGUUCGUUCCUGCCAGACACUAGACAGCAGGAACUGUUUGCUUUAGUAGUUCAAUUCAAGUGUUAUGAUUAUUGGCCGUAUAGGUAGUAGAAAGAUUUGUGUUCCACUUACAUCAUGUUUGCAAACUAUUACACUUUACCAAUCGUCAUCGAACAGUGUUAAAAUGCUGUGCUAAAAGAGCUGUACAAAAUCGAAACUAACCGUUUCGGGUUGUACCAAGGUUCGUCAUCUAAUCGUCGACCUUGACACAGUACGGCACAGUGUGCGAAGCGUACGGCACACAAAACCCGCGGAAAACCCCCCGUAUCGUGGAAACGUUAAGCGUCUUAUAAAAAUUUCGACCGGAAAGUUUCAACGUGGCAGCCUACAGACAGCCAGAUUUUGUAUGCCGAUAAUAUUACCGAGUGUGCAAACAAUCGGGUGAUUUAGUGAUUUUGCAAACAAAGCUUCUUUUUUUUUGGUUGUUAAAUGCAAACAACAGAAAAAGGAAUAAAGAACAACGGAAAAAUCGCGAACGAAUGUAUCGUCCCCUAUCCUCACUAAAUCCGUCCCUUCAGUCGUCAACCAAAAUGGUUCGAGUGGUUCGAAAUAAAUAAGUAUCCGGUUCCUACCCAUUCCACGUGUACGUCCUACGCGCGUUCAUUUCAUAGGGAAGAGAAUAUUAAAUGCUUGUUUCAUGCUGCUUCCUCUACUCGACAUGGCUACCAUCAUUGUUGUCUCGUUUUACAGUUUUCUAUAGACACACUUUCUCUAACCUUCUCAGGACACGUGGUAUUAGUAGUGGUUUUGUUUGUUUAUUUCCUUUCCACGGUAAUAGCUUGGGUAAACAAAUCUAACGACCAACGACAGCAAAAUAAUGAUUUUGUGGGGCCUCUUUUUUUGUUCCUUUCACAUUUUUUUCCUUUCUUAAAUGCAUCCCAUAACAUUAAUCCAUGCUGAUGCAUUAUGUCAAUAGACACAUGCCAUUGUGUGCUUCAACGUGUUGUAUCGAGCAACAAAAAGAGAUGCCAUCCAUCGUGUGCAUCAUAUAAACAAUAAAAUAUGGAAACGGACACACCAUAUGGUUUUACUGGUAAAUGAUGUAUUCGCAUGCUUCACGUGAUCAAAACACACAAAUACUCGGCGGAAUCUAUCGCUUCCUAACAUCAUCAUGCAAUCCAUCUACGGCUAUCGAUCCACAAUACAACUACAUCCGGUUUGUGUGUUUGUGUACGUUGAAUAGGACACAAAUAAAAGCCCCAGUUUGUUUGUUGUGUUUUUGGUUAGUUUUCCGCUUUACAAAAUGGAAACAAAUCGCGCGUGUGGCUUUUCCAUCAAGCUGGAACUUCUAGCUGGAAGCAUUCUUUUAUGAUUGCUUUUUAUCGCCCGGGUUUUCCAUUUUUUUUUGGGUCUGUUAAUCCUUCCAGCAUGAAACAGCAGUAGCAAACAAAAAAGCGGUCAAUAAAAAGGGCAGGAAAUUAACGCCUUACAGCAUCCUUGUGCCUUAUAAGAGAACGCCACGCCUUAAGCCGAACAUGUCGACGCAACGUAUUUGGACGACUGAUAAUAACCACAGACCAGAUUACGGACAAGAUUCGGAGAAGAGCUCCAUCACACAUCCCAACAGCGUGCCACCUGCCGGUAAUCCGUACCUUAUCGGUAUCCAAUCAAGAUUCCGGCGGCGAUAUUAUCACAAAUCGAUACUGCUAUUUCUGCUGCUCAUAAUCUUCAUCCUGACGAUCGCUAUCAUAGUAAUAGCAUGUUUGCUACAUUUCCCGCCCGAGAUCUGUCACACCGCGGACUGUCUUCGUUCGGCAGCGGCCCUCAAGCACAGCAUGGACCUGUCGGUGGAUCCUUGCGAAGAUUUCUACCAGUACGCCUGCGGUAAUUGGGAGGAUGAACACCCACGGCCUGACUCUUAUGCCAGCUUCGAUUGGUUCAGUGAACGACAGGCGAAGAUUUUGCGAAACAUCCGCCAUUAUCUGCAGGCGAACAACAGCGAGUUUGAUCCGAAACCUGUAGUACAGGCGCGUGCCAUGUAUACGGCCUGCAUGAACCUCACUGCCAUGGAUCGGCUUGGUUAUGAGCCGGUUUUGAAAUACCUCAAACAAUUCCAUUUGCCCCCGUACCCAUCCUUUCUGAACGUGACCGAUGCAGCCGAAUCACCCGUCUUCAAGGGAUAUAACUUCGACUGGGUACGAUCAUUAGCCAAGAUCAAGCAAUUGCUUGGGAUGGACGUUUUCAUUGGGUUCGAUGUGUAUCCGGAUCCACGCCAUCGAGAUUACAACCGGCUGGUGCUGGGAACACCGGAGACUGGAUCAGAUUUGCCAUUCAACACCGACAUUCUGAAACACAUCCGUCGUGGUAGAACUCGUCGGAAGCUAAUGGUCAGUGCGGAUGAUGUAAAAGAAGACGAAGAGGACAGCGAUGUGGAUGAAGAUCCAGUGUCUGUAAGUGCGUACAAAAAGUUUAUGAUCGGUGUAAUGAAAUUAUUGGUAAAUCAUACCGAUCCGACAAUCAAGCUACAAUCGUUUAAUGCGCAUUUCGAGAAAGCUGCCACAAUAGUGGUACAGUUUUCGGAUUCAAUCACUAAGUUCAAUCGAGAGGCGGAAAAUGCGUCGAAGAGUACAAACUUGGAGGAUCGACUCAACUUGCAGGAUAUCGUGUACUACACGGUAACGGAUUUGCAGAACAUCACUGACACGUACCUAGCUCCGAAAGAUCCACUACCAAUCUGGGAGAAACUGGUUGCCAAUGUGUUUGAAGGCAUACCGGAAGCACAGCUAAACCUGCAGGACGAGAUGAUCCUCACGAGCAAUGCGGACAUACUUUAUCUGAAGCUGCUCGUCGAGUAUCUCGCCGUAACACCGCUAGCCCACAUCGAACUGUACAUCUGGUGGACGGUGGUAGAGGAACUGAUACUACACACGACGAUGGAGGUACGCAAGCUGUACUACGACUACUACAAAUCAAUCACACCGACGGAUGGGUUCAAUUCGCGGACACUGUACUGUACCGGUACCGUGAACCGUCUGCUUGGAAUGGCCGUCAGUUAUGCGAUCUCCAGUGAUAGCUUUACGCAGCGCACUAAACCACGGGUGCAGGAUAUGCUCCGCUACAUACGUACUGCGUUCGAGGGUCUCGUACGCGACACCACCUGGAUGGAUUGGCCCACCAAACAGUCGACGCUGCGCAAAUCGGAGGCGAUGCGAAGUCUGAUUGGAUUUCCCGAGUGGAUUCUGGAUCAUCGGGAGCUAGAACAGCAUUACAAUGGGUUGAAAGUUAACGAGAGCACCCACUUGGAAAAUAUGAUGGAGGAAAUACAGCGUAAAAACAUCAUCAAACUUCGCCGCUGGCGACAAAAACACGAACUCAGCUGGGAAACUUUGCCCACCAACGUGAACGCGUUUCAUACAUUCCAAGAAAAUGCUAUAACCAUACCGAUUGCAAUCCUGCAGUACCCGUUCUACCAUCUUGGGCUGGAGGCACUAAACUACGGUGCACUGGGAACUAUACUCGGUCACGAGCUUACCCAUGGUUUCGAUGAUAGUGGACGUCAAUUUGAUAAGAACGGCAAUCUGAAACAAUGGUGGACGAACAAAACGGUGGAAGAAUACGUUAACCGUACCAUGUGUUUUGUGAAGCAGUACGGCCAAUAUUACAUACCGGAGGCGGACGAUUAUAUCGACGGUUUGCUAACGCUCGGUGAAAACAUUGCCGAUAACGGGGGUGUCCGGGAGGCAUUCCGGGCGUAUCAACUUUACAUGAAGAAUGCCGGCAAGGAACCGUUGCUACCCGGUUUCGAGAAUUACACGCACGAGCAGCUGUUUUUCAUCUCGUACGGCAAUAUAUGGUGUGAGGCCAACACGCAAGCUGCUGCGAAAGCAUAUCUAGACGAUUCGCACUGUCCGGGAAAGUUUCGCCUAAAGGGUGUGCUAACCAACUCACCCGAGUUUAGUCAAACGUUUAGCUGCAAGCCGGGAACAGUGAUGAACCCAAGCAAGGACAAAUGUCGCAUAUGGUAAACGAAAUGUGUGGCAUCGUGUGGUAUCAUGUGGCCGGUAUUUCGCGUGCCAGGUUUCAGUGAGUAUUUUGUGAAGUGGAGGAUCGUAAUGGGAUACUAUCGUUGAGUAAAUGCAUCAAAAAUCUCAUUGUAGAUGUAAUGUGUGAUACAGCACAGCAAUGUACCCAGAAAAGUGAUACAGAAAACUGAUGUGAACAUUUAGCUAGUAUGAAAAAUUACUCUUGCGAAAUGCAAGAGCUUCUUAUAUUGCAAUAUUUUGAAGAAAUUGUUUUCUAAGUGUUUAAUUAAACGUGUUGAAAUGACAAAAAUUAA